AUGGCAGCGCCGGGAGGCAGACCCGAGCCGCCGCAGCUCCCCGAGUACAGCUACAGCUACGUGGUGUCGCGGCCGGUCUACAGCGAACUCGCCUUCCAGCAAAGGCACGAGCGGCGCCUGCAGGAGCGCAAGACGCUGCGGGAGAGCCUGAGCCAGGGCUGCAGUUGUUCAAGAAAGAAAGCCUUUGGCCUGCUGAAGACUCUCAUGCCCAUUUUGGAAUGGCUCCCCAAAUACCAAGUCAAGGAGUGGCUGCUCAGUGACAUCAUUUCAGGAGUUAGUACUGGACUAGUGGGUACGCUACAAGGGAUGGCGUAUGCUUUACUAGCUGCAGUUCCUGUUGGAUAUGGUCUCUACUCUGCUUUUUUCCCUAUCCUGACAUACUUUAUCUUUGGAACAUCAAGACAUAUCUCAGUUGGACCUUUUCCAGUGGUCAGUUUAAUGGUGGGAUCUGUUGUUCUGAGCAUGGCCCCCGACGAAAACUUUCUCGUAUCGAGCAGUAACGGAACUGCAUUAAAUACUACCACGAUAGACUCUGCAGCUAGAGAUGCAGCAAGAGUGUUGAUUGCGAGCGCCCUUACUCUUUUGGUUGGAAUCAUACAGUUGAUAUUUGGAGGUUUGCAGAUUGGAUUCAUAGUGAGGUACUUGGCAGAUCCUUUGGUUGGUGGAUUCACAACAGCUGCUGCCUUCCAAGUGCUGGUUUCACAGCUAAAGAUUGUCCUCAAUGUUUCAACCAAAAAUUAUAAUGGGGUUCUCUCCAUUAUCUAUACUUUGGUUGAGAUUUUUCAAAAUAUUGGUAGUACCAAUCUUGCUGAUUUCAUUGCUGGAUUACUCACCAUCGUCAUCUGCAUGGCAGUUAAAGAAUUAAAUGAUCGAUUUAAACACAAAAUCCCAAUCCCUAUUCCUGUAGAAGUAAUUGUGACAAUAAUUGCUACUGCCAUUUCGUAUGGAGUCAACUUGGAAAAAAAUUACAAUGCUGGCAUUGUUAAAUCCAUCCCAAGGGGGUUUUUGCCUCCUGCACUUCCACCUGUAAACCUGUUUUCUGACAUGCUGGCUGCAUCAUUUUCCAUCGCUGUGGUGGCUUAUGGUAUCUCAGUGUCAGUAGGAAAAGUAUACGCCACCAAGUAUGAUUACAACAUCGAUGGGAACCAGGAAUUCAUUGCCUUCGGGAUCAGCAACAUCUUCUCGGGAUUCUUCUCUUGCUUUGUGGCCACCACUUCCCUGUCCCGCACCGCUGUCCAGGAGAGCACGGGGGGAAAGACACAGAUUGCUGGCAUCGUCUCGGCUGGGAUUGUCAUGAUCGCCAUUGUGGCCCUGGGGAAGCUUCUGGAACCCUUGCAAAAGUCGGUCUUGGCAGCUGUUGUAAUUGCCAACCUGAAAGGGAUGUUUAUGCAGGUGUGUGACGUUCCUCAGCUGUGGAGGCAGAAUAAGAUUGAUGCUGUUAUCUGGGUGUUUACAUGUAUGGCGUCCAUCAUUCUGGGGAUGGACCUUGGUUUACUAGCUGGCCUUAUAUUUGGACUAUUGACUGUGGUCUUGAGAGUUCAGUUUCCUUCAUGGAAUGGCCUUGGAAGCAUCCCUAGCACAGAUAUCUACAAAAGUACCAAGAAUUACAAAAAUAUUGAAGAACCUGAAGGAGUGAAGAUUCUUAGAUUUUCUAGUCCUAUUUUUUACGGCAACGUCGAUGGUUUUAAAAAAUGUAUCAAGUCCACAGUUGGAUUUGAUGCCAUUAGAGUAUAUAAUAAGAGGUUGAAAGCACUGAGGAAAAUACAGAAACUCAUAAAAAAUGGACAAUUAAGGGCAACAAAGAAUGGCAUCAUAAGCGAUGCUGGUACACCGAAUAAUGCUUUCGAGCCUGACGAAGAUAUCGAAGAUCCAGAAGAACUUGAUAUCCCAACCAAGGAAAUAGAGAUUCAAGUGGAUUGGAACUCUGAGCUUCCAGUCAAAGUGAAUGUUCCCAAAGUGCCAAUCCAUAGCCUCGUGCUUGAUUGUGGAGCUAUAUCCUUCCUGGACGUUGUUGGAGUGAGGUCAUUGCGGGUGAUUGUCAAAGAAUUCCAAAGAAUCGAUGUGAAUGUGUACUUUGCAUCACUUCAAGAUCAUGUGAUAGAAAAGCUGGAGCGGUGUGGAUUCUUUGAUGAUAACAUUAGAAAGGACACAUUCUUUUUGACUGUCCACGAUGCUAUACUCUAUCUACAGAACCAGGUGAAAUCCCAAGAGGGUCAAGAUUCCAUUUUAGAAACGAUCACCCUCAUUCAAGACUGUAAAGAUCAUCUUGAAUUAAUGGAAGCAGAGCUGAUUGAAGAAGAACUUGAUGUCCAGGAUGAGGCUAUGCGUACACUUGCUUCCUGA